AUGGCCCCCAGUCGCGGCUCCGUUCCUUCCUGUGGCUUCGCAGUGGACGCCACCAAGAAAGGUGAGUUGCCACUGAAGGUGGAAAAGCGUGCCAAGGGAAAGAAGGUAACGAUCAUCGGGAAUGUCAAUGGUGAUGCCACUCGUCUUUCCCGCGCCUUGCAGACGAUGCUUGGGGUUGGAGGAUCUGUACGACAGGCUGAAAGAGGUGCUUGGUCUGUGGAAGUUCAGGGCGAUCAAGUGCCACGAGUCACGAAGGCAUUGCUGGACUUCCAAUGUCUUCGUGGCCUUUCCUCAAGUUCUUUGGAGUCUGCACGAACGGUGAGCGAGACCAGAAGGACGGAGUCCGCGGUGGACCGUACAGCUGCCACAAAGUUUUUGGCACAGACACAAUCUGGUGCGUCGAUGUCCCCGGAAGAAGAACGUCGGCGUUUGUUGGAACUGGAGGCUGAGUUCUAUGGACAGUUCUGGGAGACAGCUCAAAGCUCCGAUGACUUCCUCGAUGUGUUCGAGGCCGACCUCUGCGAAUCGCCACCGGGGCACCAUGUGGAUGUGCUUCCAAGGGCCACCAAGGAUGGUCCAGAGUUGAACAUCGCCCUGCAGGCACUGGGCUUGUUGGCCGAGUGUGGAAAAGCCGUCCGAGAGUUCUGGCAGAAUUCUGGGAUGAGCCUGCAGCAAUUCAGGAAGAUGGCCAUGAACCCUGGAGCCAGGAUGAUUGGUCAAGGUCCUGGGCGGAAGCAAACGCCCACGAACUUGAAGUCGCGGCAGAAGCUUUCAGACUGGCGAUCCGUUGGAAGGGCAAACUACUUUUCGCCUACUGUGAGCGCCAUAGAUAACUAUGAGCGCCAUGGCAAGGCCACGAAGGGAUCAGCGAAUGCUACCCUGACGUAUCCAGAAGAGCCUUCGUUGAAGGUCGAGGAGGAUGAGGAGGGUUGGUGUCGUGCUCUCUUGAGCUAUGCUGUGCCGUUGCCAGUACCAUCUUCUCGCCUUGAAACGGAGGAGAAGGAUCAAGUAGCAAAGAAAGCCCUGCGAUCUCUUGAAGCUGUGCUCAGCGAGGACUUUUCAGGUGUAGAACGUGGACUCCCGGGAGUGAAGUGCUUCCUGGAUUGCAGCACUUUUGGCCUGGAUCUCUCCAUCAGCGAGGGAGACUUCCUUCAAGGCCAGCGACGUGACACAGGAAAAGCUCCAACCAAUCAGGACAAGGAUGAGAUGAGGCUAGAGAAGAAACUCCGUGAGAUUUGCGCUUUGAAGCGUCGCCAGGUUGAAGGAGAAAAACUGGAGAAACUGCAGGCCGAAAAGGUCGCGAAGCGCAGCGAACUCUUCCAAGAGGUGGCAGAAAUGAAGCUGCGGAGAGCCGAGAAGGAGUUGCUCCGGCUCUUCAAGAAGAAACACAAAGCUUUUCAGGAUGCUUUCUGGGACUUUGAGUCGCAGGAUUUGUACAAAGAUGGUGCUGCGCCAACGAGCGCAUUGACCCCCUUCGGCAUCUUCAAUCAAGAUAGAUGUGAAGGUCCUGCGACUGUGAGUUCCGAUGGUAUCCAUGCAGAGAGUUCUGCACCUCGAUGGGUCGGCGUGCCGCUUCACCUUUUCCUCAAAAAUGGUGAGGUAGCGGCCUUUGCAGUGGAGAUUUUGCGUGGACAGGUCCAUCUGGGCUGA